GAGCGCGGGACUGGAAGCGCGGUUUCCUUGGAGACCGGGCCUGCAGCGGGCAGGCGGCGGGGGUGAUGGCCUCGGGCGGGCCGGAGGGGAGUGAGAACAGUGAAGCCAACGCCAAGUGGUUGGAUGCUCACUAUGACCCAGUGGCGAACCUCUACACAUUCUCCUCCUGUGUGGCUCUGGCCGACCUUCAAGGAGAUGGUGAGAAUAAGCUGAUUGUUGGGGAUCUGGGCACUGGGCUAUACAAUAUGAAGCUGAAGGUUUACAAGGGGACCACCAUGCUGUCUGAGAACACUCUGAUAGACCUGCCGACAGGAGUGGUCGCCUUUCUCAUGGACACCAACGAGCCCCGGACCCCGGCUGUGGCAGUGGCUUCCGGACCCUACAUCUACAUCUACAAAAACCUCCGUCCGUACUUUAAAUUCACCCUGCCGCCUCUGGAGGUGAACUCCCUGGAGCAGGAUGUGUGGAACCAGGUCAAAGAGGACAAGAUUGACCCGUUGACACUCAGAGAGAUGUUGGAGAGUUUUCGGGACAAGGGCGACAAGCCACUGUCUGUGAGAUCUUUAAGGUACCUCAUGCUGGAGCCUCACGAGAUGGAGGCUUUCGUCAGCCUCCACAAGAUGCAGCCGAUCAAACGCCAGACGGUGAUAACCUGCAUGUCCACUCUGAAUAAGAACAUGGCCGACGAGGAUGCGGUGGGCUGCCUGGUGAUUGGUACCGAGAACAUGGAGGUCUGCAUCCUGGACCCUGAAGCGUUUACCAUCCAGGCCAAGGUGAACCUCCCCAGUGUCCCAGUGUUCCUGGAUGUCACUGGCCAGUUUGAUGUGGAGUUCAGGAUCAUUGUUGCAUGUCGGAAUGGAAGUAUCUACAUAAUCCGCAGAGAUUCCAAAAGGCCCAAGCACUGCAUCGAGCUGAACUCCCAGCCUGUAGGUCUAGUGCGACUCAACAAGAACAUCGUGGUUGGCUGUGGGAAGGAACUGCUGCAGGCAUAUACUCAGAAGGGGAAGAAGCUGUGGACUGUACAGCUGCCAGCUCCCGUGAUGACCAUGGGCCUGAUGGAUCACAAAUCCAAGGGCUUCCAGGCAGUGCUGGUGGCCUUGGCAAACUCCGAGGUCCACCUCUACCGGGACAAAAUCCUCGUCAACAUCACCAAAACCCAGGAUGUGGUAACCAGCCUGUGUUUCGGCAAGUAUGGACGGGAGGAUGGGACCCUCAUCAUGACCACGAAAGGGGGUGGGCUGAUCAUUAAAAUCCUGAAGCGAACUGCAGUCUUUGAGGAUAAAGACACCAGCCCCGGCCCUCCCCUGGCGCAGAGCAUUAAACUGAACAUCCCAAGGAAAACCAAGCUGUACGUGGACCAGACGCUGCGGGAACGGGAAAAUGCUGUGGCUAUGCACAGGGCCUUCCAGACGGACUUGUAUCGCCUACGUCUCAGGGCAGCCCGAGAGUACGUCAAGGCUCUUGAAGCGAGCUUAGCACCGGUCUCUGCUGACCUCCAGGAACCACUGAAUAUGAACGCAGUGGUCCAGGGGAUUGGACCAGCAUUUAAGCUGACCUUGAACAUACAGAACACGUCAGCCACCAGACCGGUUAUCAACCUCCAAAUCAGCUUCCUCUACGAUCAGACUCUCUACUCCAUCAAGAGGUCUUUCUUUAAGAUUCCGAUGCUGGUACCUGGUCUGACGUAUCCAAUCGAGACCUUUGUGCAGAGCCUGAGUGACAGGGGCAUCUCCGACACCAUCAAGGUGUUUGUCCUGCGCGUGGGCAGAGGUGUACCCCUUCUGACUGCCCACAUCCACAUGCCCGUCAGUGAGGGACUGGUCGUGGGGUGAGGAGGGUUAAGCGAAGAUGGAGAGCAGCAUUCCAGCAUCUGAACCUGAUUUGACUGGCGGGACAGCCCUUCAGUCUCCCCUUGUGGAUAACCCAGUUUUAAAAAAAGCCCAUCUCCCGACCCAUGUAUGUUUCAACCUUAGAGCCCCCCACCCUCGAUUGGAGGGAUAGCAAAGACCCCACAAACACUAUUGGGAGAAGAGCAGGGGGGAGUUCUCCCCGGUGUCCUGGGGCCAAUAUUUAUCCCUCAACCAGCAUCACUAAAAACAGAUGAUCUGGGUCAUCAUCACAUGGCUGUGGGAUCUUGCUGUGCGCAUAUUGGCUGCUGAGUUUCCUACGUGACAACAGUGAGCACACUUCAAAGAAAAAAAUCCUUUGUUGUCUGUGAAAGACUUUGGGAUGUCCCGAGGGUGUGACAGGAGCUGGAGAGAUGUCUGUAGGCGCUGUGAUCAACGGUAGGAAGACCGGGAGCCACGACUUAGAUUCCUGACUGUGUAACUAAAGCCGGAGCUGUGUACAGUGUUUAAAUAGCAGACAGAAUGUUUAUUUAAGGAUGUAAAGAGAUAAAAUGCAUGUGUUAAUACAGUUGAUGGAUAUAAACAGGUUAUUACUCUUA